AAGGAAUAACCUUCUUGCAAACUUUUCUAAUAUUGAAGAGGACUGUUCAGUCCCCCACUUUUAUUUAAGCAGCUUAAUUGUCAGUUUAAAAGUGGCUGAUGAAAAUCUUAAAUAAUAAUCCAUACUCUCUGAGGAACAUGGGUUAAUUUUAAUUUUAAAAGCAUUUUUUUAAUCUCAUAAAUUAUAGCAAAAUCAGAAAUAAAACCUGUCUCUUAACUGUUAGUGAAUUCUCUAAGAACAACAAUUCAUGCUUACUAAUAAUUUUCCAUGAUUAUUUAAAUAAAGUGUCUGAUUCUAGCAAAGCUAAUUUUUCAGGAAGUGCAAAGUUAUUAUAUAUGCCAGAAAAUGCCACAGAUCUUCAAGAAGCACCCUUAUCAUCUCUAUAAGGUGACUGAAAAUGACAUUUGAAUACAUCUUUUAAACAGCUCCAUCUAAUUUCACUGCUGCUGAGAUUUCUGACUCCUCCCUUCUGGCUCUUCAGUGGCCUUCAGAUUCUACCAGAUUCCAGAGCUCAAUCCUCUGUGCGAUGAUUUCAACUCUGGCAGCAGCUUCUGAAAUGAGGCUAUGGAUUAUUUGGUGGGUAAAUAAGCCAAGAAGGGAGAAGAGAAUGUUGUGACUUGGAGGAGAAGCUAGUAUGUCAUCUUUUGACAGAGAAAUAAACUUAGAAAAAUAAUCACAGAAAUGAAGAAAGAAAACACGUAGAAGAUGAAAAGAACAGAAACAGAGCUUGCAAUUUCCAACAGGGUCUCAAGAGCAUAUGCCAGUUGUUUAUGAUUUCCAUCAAGCACAGAAAAAGAUCGAGGAAGAUCAAACCUUCCUAAUUACUCACUGGAAGCCUCACAGCAAGUACUUCCCAAGAACUGAUGGCCAAAAUAUCCACCCACAAUACAAGUAAGCUUAGAAAAGCUCUUCUUACAACCCUGACAUAAUGGAACUUUCCCUAAACCAUCCUGCAUCUAAUACAAACAAUGCAAGGAGCAAUGACUCCGCAUUUUUCUACUUUGAGUCCUGUCAACCACCUUCUCUAGUCUUGCUCCUGUUACUCAUAGUCUACACUGUGGUCUUCAUCGUGGGCCUUUUUGGAAACCUCUCUCUCAUCAUUAUCAUCUUUAAGAAGCAGAGAGAAGCACAGAACGUCACCAACAUACUGAUUGCCAAUCUCUCCCUCUCUGACAUCUUGGUAUGUGUCAUGUGCAUCCCUUUUACUGUCAUCUACACUCUGAUGGACCACUGGAUAUUUGGGGAUACCAUGUGUAAACUCACUUCUUAUGUGCAGAGUGUCUCCAUCUCUGUAUCCAUAUUCUCACUUGUGUUAAUCGCAGUUGAAAGAUAUCAGCUGAUUGUGAACCCCCGUGGCUGGAAGCCCAGUGUGUCUCAUGCCUACUGGGGUAUCACACUGAUUUGGCUAUUUUCCCUUCUGCUGUCUAUUCCUUUCCUCCUGUCCUACCACCUCACGGAUGAGCCCUUCCACAACCUUUCUGUCCCCACUGACAUCUACACCCACCGUGUGGCCUGUGUUGAGAACUGGCCCUCCAAAAUGAACCAGCUCCUCUUUACCACCUCCCUGUUUAUGCUCCAGUAUUGUGUCCCUCUGAGCUUCAUCCUCAUCUGCUACCUGAAGAUUAUUAUCUGCCUCCACAGGAGAAAUGGGAAGGUGGACAGGAAGAGGGACAGCGAGAGCCGGCUCAGUGAGAACAAGAGGAUCAGCACGAUGUUGAUCUCCAUUGUGGUGACCUUUGGGGCCUGCUGGUUGCCCUUGAACAUAUUCAAUAUCAUCUUUGACUGGUAUCAUGAGGUGCUAAUGAGCUGCCACCAUGACCUGGUAUUUGUAGUUUGCCACUUGGUUGCUAUGGUUUCUACUUGCAUAAACCCUCUCUUUUAUGGCUUUCUCAACAAAAAUUUCCAGAAGGACCUGGUGGUGCUUAUUCACCACUGCCAGGGCUUUGCACCUCGGAAAAGAUAUGAAAAUAUUGCCAUCUCCACUAUACACACAGAUGAAUCCAAGGGAUCAUUAAGAUUGGCUCACACACCAACAAGAAGAUAAAAACUGUUAAAAUUUAAUGCUAAAGCCCUUACUGAAUGGGAGAUGGGUUGGUAAUGGUUGGGGAUAGGGCAAGAUGCAUAAAGAAGAAACCAGAACCAAAAAAAAGCAACUUUAUACUACCCAGUUUUGCUGUAGGCCUAACACACACACACACACACACACACACACACACUACCCCUCCUUUUAUAUUAGGAGAAUGACUCUAAGAACUCAGACAUCCUAGCUGCCAUCAUUUGUGGCAAAGAAUGACACUGAGCAAGCAAGAGAGGUAAGCAUCACUGAUGACUGGGGAACAAAGUUCCCAGAUCUUGCUAUUCAAUGGAAUAUCCACAGAAGUUAUUACUAGUAAAUAUGCCUGGUAAAAACAAUGUUAUUAGUGUUCUAGCAAUUUCACUUUUAUAUAUGGAAAUUGUAACUUUCCACCAUAUAACUCUUCAAUUAGUUAACAAAGUAAGAAAGCCUCCUUCAGGAUUUCUUAAUUAGCUAACAAAGUUAAGUUUGGAAUAGAAAUUGAAGGAAUGGUUUUAACUUAGCAUUUAAACUCAGUAUUGUAAGUAUAAUUAAUUCCCAUGCCUGGAUCAUAUUCUCCAGUUUAUGAUGCCAGCACAUUUUCUUCACUAGCAAUACUAGUGGUACCACCAGAACUAGCCACAAACUCUUCAGCACUCCAGUUAUGCUAGAAAUCACAUUAACUAACUUAAUAAUGGCCAAUCUAGAUAGAGCUUUAAUUAAAAAAUGGCUUUUUAUCCCUAAUUCUUUAUGUAUAUUAAAUAGGGAUCAUUAUGACUCCACCAUUGUGUCUAAGAGACUUCAUCAGUAGCACUUUUAUAAUUAGCUCCAGAUUUUUUUAAACCUCUCCUAAAUCCUAUGAUGUAAACAUUAACAAAAAUCCCUCUCUUCCCACAUAGUCACUUACAUAGGAGAAUCGGCUAAACUGUUUUCAAAAAGGAUACUAAGCUACUUACUGUUCAAAUAGCCAUUAGCCCAGUGACUUGUACUAAAUUACAACCAGCUCUAUCUCUUCUUUGGAUAAAUCUCACUCAUACUAUUGAAUUUGAACUGCACCUUAUUUGUAUAUUAAAAAUGUAACUGUAUGACUAAAGAAGAUAUGGUACAUAUUCACAAUGGAAUAUU